UGUCACGGUGCCGACCGGUUGUCGGUCGCAAUGCCACAGCCGCUUUCGACGCCGAGCACGACUACGUAAGCAUGGGCAACAGCAGUAGCAGCACGGAGGGCAGUGGCAGCAGCGCGCCCCACGGCCUCGUCAUUAAGCCAUCGAACGCGAUCACGUUCGCCUUGGCGCCGGGCAGCGCGCCGCAAGUCGUCGUCAAGCUCAAAAACACGUGCAACAACCACAACAUCGCCUUCAAAGUCAAGACGACGCACCCCGCGCGAUACGUGGUCAAGCCCACGCAUGGCGUCCUGCCGCCGCAAUCCAAGCUCCUGGUCACGGUCGUGCUGCAGCCAGCCGAGUGCGACGACCUUUUGAACCUCACGGCCGAUGUUUUGGCCGAGAUUCCCGACAAAUUCCAGCUGCAAUGGCUCCGCACCAAGCUCACCGCGCCAGCGACGCUGGUCGAAGACGACUUUCGAGCGCUCUGGUCGACUGUCGAGAAGAAGCACAUCCACGGGCACAAGCUCCCGUGCCGCUUCACGGUCGACAAUGGCGCCCCCGAGCCUAUUGUCGAGUUUGGCCUCGCGCCCGGCACGUCACCCGAGGCGACACUCAUCGUGACCAACCCGAGUGCAACGACGAGCAUGGCCUUCAAGGUCAAGACGACACGGCCGACGCGGUACCGUGUCCGGCCCAACCAGGGCGUAUUGCGGCCAGGUGCGACCGCGACCGUCCUCGUCGUGCUCGAGCGAGAUGACUGCGACGACCUCUGCUCGCUGGACCCGAGCGGUCGGCUUCUCGUCGCCGACAAGUUUCUCCUCCAAGCGACACCGAUCGACGAUGCAUUUUACAUGCUCGUGACAAAGAAGGGUGCGCUGGAAGGCAUGGACGAGCUCAGUCAUUUUUGGGGCCGCACGGACAAGGCGACUGUAUGUAGCCAAAAGAUUGCCGCCCGGUAUGUCGACGGCGUCGUCGCGGACGCAACGACGGACGUGGCGCUGCCGCUCUCCUAGUCGAGGUGCCAUAGUACGCGCGGAAUACCCCUUUUUGGCGCGUCGUAGAAAGUGCAAUUUGGCCACAAGUUGUCCAUUUCUCCAGCUACGCUUUUCGUAAUAGUUAGUAGGACUAUCGAUACCGUUACAGCA